UGCGUUUAAGCCAGCACACGAUGCUUCUCAUGAUCAUUGUUCGUGUUAUUAUCCUGGGCAUAUUCUGACUGUGCUAUAGGCCUGAUAUGGCAAUACGGGCCCACCCCGGAUGAACAAGCCUUCAAAAUCCUCAAGACCGCUCUCGCAGCUGGGGCGAAUGUCUGGAACGGCGCCGACUUCUACGGCACCCCGGACAACAACUCCCUGCAUCUGAUGAAACGGUAUUUCACCACCUAUCCGGAGGACGCCGAGCGGGUCGUCUUCACGGUCAAGUCCGGGCUGGUGUCGAUGAAGACCUUCACCAUGGAUUGUUCGCGCGCGGGGCUGCGCAAGUUUGUGGACAACGCCCUGAGGAUCUUGGAUGGGAAGAAGAAGAUCGAUGUCUUUGGCUUGGGGAGAGUGGACCCCAACGUGCCUGUCGAGGAGAGCGUGCGGGCGCUCGCGGAGCUCAGGGAGGAGGGCAAGAUCGGAGGCAUCCAGUUGAGUGAAGUCCGCGCGGACACGAUCCGCCGCGCGGCGAGCGUGACGAAGAUUGAUAUGGUCGAGGCCGAGGUCAGUCUCUGGUCGCGGGAGGUGUUUGAGAACGGGGUGGCGGAGGCCUGCGCGGAGAACGGGAUUGUCCUGGUGGCGCACACGCCUCUGGGUGCUGGGAUGCUGACGGGGACGAUCAAGUCGGUGGACGAUCUGCCGGAAACGCACCACCGCACGGUGCCCCGCUUCCAGCCUGAUAGCAUCGCCCAGAAUCGUCUGCUGGUGGAGGCGAUGGAGGCCGUCGCGGUGGCAAAGGGUUGCUCCGUGGCUCAGCUGGCGUUGUCUUGGUUGAAGGCUCAGGGUAGGAAGCCUGGAAUGCCGGUCAUUGUACCGAUUCCGGGUGCGCGCUCCGAGGCACGGGUGCUGGAGAAUGUACAGGAUGUUGAGCUGACCGAGGAUGAGCUUGAGGAGAUCGAGGUCAUCCUCAAAAAGUAUCCCGUAGCGGGCGCGAGGUAUCCCCCGGCCGCGGCGAGGUUGAAUGAGUACUGAAAAGGGAUAUCGUUCCAGGGAUUUUCGCAUGUUAAAUUAGAAAUUCGUUCCUCCCAAAUUUGAGCCACAUUCUCCAGACACUCCGUGAAUCCUCGGCGGAGGAUGUUAAUAUUUUCUUUACAGUGGCUCGUUGCCCGGGGGCUUGGAUUGUCGACAGUCGAAGCAUCUGGUCAUGAAGAGAUGACUCUAGAUGACCCAACUGCAGUUCUUGGGUUUUGGCCACGUAUAGAUGCCAAAGUAGAGUAUUUAAGGACAGGUCGCAAGGUUGCUGAGACGAAAGAA